AUGGAGAUAGACAAGGAUCCAGAAAUGGAAAGUGAUAAUGCUGGAGUCCCAGAAGAACUGGAAAAAAGGUCCAAUAAGCAAGAAGAAACAAAUCAAAGUGGCACUAAUGGUUCUGUUCAGCCAUGUGACUCAUCUGGUCUUGGAUCCAGCCCCUAUCCAAAAGAAGGCCCUUUUGUCCAUGAGAUCAGCCACGAACAGCCCACACCAGUGGAGGAGCCUCAAGACCCACAGCCUGAAGAAAAGGGCCUUCCUAAACAGGGGAAUGUCUUGAAGUAUCCAGUAAAAGCCAUUCAAUUCAAACUAGAAAACAACUCUGGAUUCCCAGCAAAAACUUACCACCUCACGCCAGCUGAUAGCCCCAACUUUUCAGAAAAACCUAGUUCCUCCAAAAGAAUUACCAUCCCCAACUUUUCAGAAAAACUUAUCACCUUCCAGCAAACUGAUACCAACACCUCAGCAAAACCUACUCCUUUAAAGUUCGUUGACACUUCCAAAUCCUCAGCAAAGCCUUUCCUCUUCAAGCUACCUGGCGCCCCCAAAUUUUCAGAAAAAACCGUCUCCUUUCAGCAAACUGAUGCCCCCAACACCUCAACAAAACCUAACCCCUUAAAACUAGCUGGCACUUCCAAAUUCUCGGCAAUACCCACCUCUCCGAAGCUAGCUGACAUUCUCAAAUCAGCAAAGCCAGCUUCCCCCAAGCAGGUUAACACGUUUAGUUCCCCAGAAAAAAAGAUCCUCCUCAAGCAACCUGACAUCCCAAGUUCCUCAGCAAAACCCGGCCCAUCCCAAAUCUCACCAAAACAUACUCUUCCCACCAUUCUGGGCAAUCUCUUCUCUGCAGCAAACCAAUUGUCCCCCAAGCCUAGCAGCAUCCCUGAAUCUUCUGAAGAGACUAUGGCAUCCAAACAGAAUGAAUCCCCCAACUACUUAGGAAAAACCCCCACACAGGGCGACAUUGUCAAGGUUGCAGAAGAUGCUAAGCAGGGUAGCCUCUCCACAUCCUCAGAGGCAGCUAUGCCCUCUAAGAAGGGCGACACUUCUCAGCCUUCUAGCAAUGCUCCGUCACCUAAGCAGAGAGACCGUCUGCAAGCCUUCACCAAGCCCAUCAUCCCCAAGCAGGGUAACAUCUCCAUGUCUUCAGAAGAUGCCUUCAAGCCCAAGCAUGGAGAUAUCCCAAAAGUCUUAGCAAAACCCAGCAUGCCCAAGCCCUCAGAAAAGACCAUCUCCUCUAAACCAGCGGACCUUUUGAAAGCUUACACCAAGCCUAUGGUCCCCAAGAAGCAAGGCAACAUCCCCAAAUCAGAAGAAGCCUUCCUGCCCAAGCUGGGUGACUCUGCAAAAAAUUCCUUCCCUAAGCAGGACAGCACCUUUAAAUCCUCAGAGGAAUCCACCCUGCUUAAGCAAGAGGGCACCCCCAAACUUUCAGAAGAAGUCAGCCUGCCCAACGAAGAGGACACGUCCAAAUCCUCAGAAGGAUCCAACCUGCCCAACGAAGAGGACACCUCCAAAUCCUCAGAAGAAUCCAACCUACCAAACCAAGAGGACACUCUCAAAUCCUCAAAGGAUUCCAACCUGCUCAAGCAGGAGGACACCCUCAAACUCUCAAAAGAAAUUGUCCAGUCUACAGAGAGUAACAUUUUCAAGAAAAAAGACUCAGACACCUUCCUGGACUCCCGCCAGGCCAAUGUCAGAGAGAUUCUGAGCAAGGAAGACUUCCAGCUGGCGCUCAGGGAGGCUGGGGAGAAGCUGGUGGCUGUAGAUUUCUCGGCCCAGUGGUGUGGGCCUUGCAGGCUCAUGAAACCCCUUUUCCAUGCCCUGUCUGUGAAGCAUGAUGAUGUGGUGUUUCUGGAAGUGGACGUAGAUCAUUGCGAAGAGUUGGCCCAAGAGGAGGCCAUCUUUGCCAUCCCUGCUUUUCGAUUUUACAAAAAUGAGCAAAUGGUGGAGGAAUUUGGGGGUGCCGUUAAAGACAAACUGGAAUCCACUAUUGAAAAAUUAAAGUAA